AUGUAUCUUCUAGAGGAGUUGGUAGUGGAAAUACUCGAUAAGGCUUCAACAGCUUCUCUAGCACGAUUACGAUGUGUAUCGAAAAGAUGGAAUGCUCUGAUCAAAGAUGUGAGACUAGCGGAGAAGCGUUCUCAUGCUACGGUAAUCAUGUUAAUUGAUUUUGUGGUUUAUCUAAUGAGCGUCAAUCUCCGCGAAAUUCACAACAACAAGGUAAUGGUAACAGAUCAAUUUAGCCUGAAAGAUCCUCUUUCCAAGUCUUCAGAAGAAGUCAAAAUAUGGAACAUCUUACACUGCGACGGCUUAUUGCUAUGCACCACCAAAGACCUUAGACUCAUUGUUUGGAACCCAUAUUCACAUGAAACCAGUUGGAUUCAACCCAGAAGCUCCUAUACGAAGUUAGAUUACUUUGCUCUCGGUAAAACCUCAUGCAACAAGUACAAAAUCUUGGGGAUGCAACAAUUUGGUGAAGUUAUGCCAUACUUACUUGAGUACGAAAUCUAUGACUUUACCUCUAGUUCGUGGAGGGUUGUUGGUAAGACAACAGACUGGUCCAUAGAAACGUGGAGGGGCCGUGUCAUGUAUGUGAAUGGAAAUACUUACUGGCUUGCUUAUAGUAAAGACAAAGUGGAUUUCUUACAAAGUUUUGAUUAUUCAACAGAGAGUUUUAGAAGUGUGUCUCUUCCAGGUGAUCGUCAUUCUUAUCAUAUUUUCAGUGACUAG